AUUUCAUUCAACGCAUCUCUACUCUAGAGCCAUUUUUUUUCACUGCGAAAAUUAAGUUUGACGUGAGAGCCUACAAAAUUUUCGAGUGCACUUCUUACAGAAAAAUACACUCAAUAACCAUCUACAUGUAACAUGUUCUCAUUGAAUUCUAUAAACACCCAAAACCAGAUUUUAGUUAGUUUUAGCCAAUUAUCUUCAAGAUAUUCAAGUGUUUUCCGUCAUCGUAAGCAAAACAGUGGGAAAAAUAAAAAUGUGAGGGGUCAAGAGAGUUCGGCAGCCGUGUAUGACGCAAUAAUUUGUAAGGAAAGUCUCGAAGAAACUAUCAGGAACUUUGAUAAGAAUGUCUUAAGUGAGAUGAGAACUCUAGAACUACGAACGCUCGCGAGCAAGGCUUAUCACCCGCGGCUGCGCGAGCUAGCCUCCUCGCGGAAAGUGUCUCAUGUAUCCGCUGAUACCUUCGAUAAGAACAAAAAUGGCUGGUCACAACUACCCACAGUUACCGUACACCUUUCGAAAAAGAAUACCAGAUUCAGCUUCACAGACAAUUUCGCAAGCCUCCUAGCGCGCAGCUUGGAAGGUAAUACCUUUCAGUAUGCAGUACAAGUGCGCGGGUUCAAGACCGAGCGAGCCAUAAACGCAGACCUCAAGCGUAACCCAAACCUUAUAAACAGAUUACGUCUAGGCUCACAGGAUCCCAUAGAAAAACAAAAUCCCCCGUGUCCGGAGGUCGCGCCCCGACUCGAGAAGUUACUAAAUGAGGACUCCGCACACCUCACUCACCAGCAGAAAGAUAAGAUCAAGAUUGCCUUCGCUGAAGGGUAUCUGGCAGGUUCUCACCCGGACAAUGUACGCGGUACGAAGGCGUCAAAGUACCUGAAGCUGGUCCAGCAGUUACUGACCAUCGUCCUAUUCCUCGCCAUCUUCGUCAGCCUCAUGGCGUCCGUCAGCGGGACUGUCUUCCGGAUCCAGUUAGGUAACCAAGUGGAGGUGGAUCCCGAAGACAUAUCAGUGACCUUCGAUGAUGUCAAAGGUGCUGAUGAAGCUAAACAGGAGCUCAAAGACGUCGUGGAAUUCUUAAAAUCGCCAGAGAAGUUCUCGACGUUAGGCGGGAAGUUGCCCAAGGGGGUGCUACUGGUGGGUCCCCCGGGGACGGGCAAGACGUUGCUGGCGCGCGCCGUGGCCGGGGAGGCGCGGGUCCCGUUCUUCCACGCUGCCGGACCUGAGUUCGACGAGAUACUGGUCGGCCAGGGCGCUAGGAGGGUGCGGGAUCUCUUCAAGGCAGCGAAGGAGCGCGCCCCGUGCGUGAUAUUUAUCGACGAGAUUGACUCUGUCGGCGCCAAGCGGACCAAUAGCGUACUGCAUCCAUAUGCCAACCAGACAAUAAACCAGUUACUAUCAGAGAUGGACGGCUUCCACCAAAACGAGGGUGUCAUAGUACUGGGCGCCACCAACAGACGGGACGACCUCGACCAGGCGCUGCUCAGACCCGGCCGGUUCGAUGUCGAGGUGAACGUGCCGACCCCCGACUACGGCGGGCGGCGCGAGAUCCUGGAGCUGUACCUGGCGCGGGUGCGGGCGCACCCCGACGUGGACCCCGACGUGCUGGCGCGCGGGACCACCGGCUUCACCGGGGCCGACCUCGAGAACAUGGUCAACCAGGCCGCGCUCAAGGCAGCGAUAGACGGUGCAAAAACAGUGUCAAUGAAGUACCUGGAGGACGCCCGGGACAAGGUCCUGAUGGGGCCCGAGAGACGGUCCCGCCUGCCCGACGAGGAGGCUAACACUAUCACAGCGUACCACGAGGGCGGACAUGCUAUUGUCGCCUAUUUCACUAAGGACUCGCACCCGCUGCACAAGGUGACAAUAAUCCCGCGCGGGCCCUCCCUGGGACACACCGCCUACAUACCCGCCAAGGAGAGAUACCACGUGACGAAGCAACAGCUUCUAGCAAUGAUGGACACCAUGAUGGGGGGUCGCGCCGCCGAGGAACUCGUCUUUGGACCCGAGAAGAUCACCUCAGGAGCGUCGUCGGACCUGAAGCAGGCGACGUCGAUAGCGUGCCACAUGGUCCGCGAGUGGGGCAUGAGCGAGAAGGUCGGGCUCCGCGCGCUCGAACCCGCGCGCCCCGCGUUGCACGGCCCCGAGCAACUCGGGCCCUACACCAACGAGCUGGUGGACGGGGAGAUAAAGAAGAUCCUAUCCGACAGCUACGACCGCGCCAAGGCGAUACUACGGAACCACGCCAAGGAGCACAAAGCGCUCGCCGAGGCCUUGCUCAAAUAUGAGACCCUGGACGCGGACGACAUCAAAGCCAUAAUGAAUGGCGAGAAGAUCAAAGUGGAACGUCACGGGCGGGCCAGCAAGGAGCCGGCGCCAAGCUCGGCGCCCUCAGCCCCCUCUGGCGCCGGCCUGCUGGGCGCCCCCCAUCCCGCGCCCGCCUAGCGCCUGCAGCGCCCUCUGGCGCCGGCCUGCUGGGCGCCCCCCAUCCCGCGCC